GGCGAGACAUGUUUGUUUUUCAGAUUAUGUUAUUGUGUUAUAAAUCACGUUUAGAUAAGUCAAAAUACCACAGUCGGAUAUACAGAGUGAUAUAGCAUGUUUGCCGCUUUUCACUCUUUAUAACGGAACAUCAGAAGAUACACAAGAUGGAACAUGGCUGCGAAGAGCCGUUCGGGAGCGUUUCAGCAUCAAGUGGAUAUGACUCGGCUUCACAAUCGAGCCUACCAGCAAACAAAGUCAGAUUCUGGGAUACAUUUGAGAUGGAUGGGCCAUCGGAUAUACGAAGAGGAAUCCGAAAUUACAUAGGAAUAAUUCGUGUUCUGAAGAUAGUGGCGUUCGUCCUGUUAAAUGCGUCUUUGUUGCUGUGUACAGUGUGUCAGAGAUUAACAUUGAUGUUACUCAUCCCUUCCGGAAAAGGAUAUAGAUGUCAACCGACUGAAGACGAGUUUAUCGUUGAGCGACUCAGACAAAGAUUGUUGUUAUGCUGUGGAAUAUGUUUUCCAUAUUUGUUCAUAUUUCUGGCUGGACUUUGGAGAUUUAUCUUUGGAAAGACUGAGCGACCUUCAUUACUUCUCUCCUUAAAGGUUGUGCUCUUGGAAAUGAUACCAACUGGCGGGAUAGCGUUUCUGGUAUAUCAUUAUUUACCUAACUUUGGCAUUGUUAGCGGGACAGCUAUACUUAAUGCUUGCUGCCUACUACCUAGUGUAUUAAAUAUGAUGUCCUGCUUCAGUUGUGCAAAUACAGAACGAAAGGAUGUCACAUUAAAAGCCUGGAUAUCACGGACUCUGGACGGGACUGCGAUUCUCGUCCAAAUUGGUUUGAUACCGUAUAUACUUCUUACAGGCGUAUAUACGUAUGAUGUUUGGACGGAAACGAUUGGUAUAGUGAUAUGUUUAGCGGCAAGCUCACUGAUGUGUUGGGAAAACUUUUUCGAGGGUUAUGCAUGUCUGAAUAAGCGGGUUAAAAUCACGGACAAACAGAGACCAAUUCUCAUGAUGAUAGUAUCUCUAGUCAAAAUCAGUGUUAUGUUUGUUAUUGGUAUUAUAGAGUCACCUAAAGAUCUUAAUAAAUAUAUCGAUAUCCUACCAGAUGCUUUCAGCAACCUUUGGUACAAACGAACAUUUGACGAUACGCAAGUUAUUGUAUUUAUCUUCUCGUCAUUUAUCGGGUAUCACAUUGCAUAUACUGCCUGCAAAUUAAAUAUGCAGAUAUUUUCGUUUGCGCUACCAUUGCUACUAACUACUCCUCUCACAUUGUUAGUUCACUACCUCAACUUCAAAAAACUCAUCCCAGUCGUUAAUUUUGAAAGCUUAAACACCUCUUGUGAGUUUCCAAAGGGCUGGGAAGAAUAUGCAACGUACGUGUUUGUCCUCUCUUUAUACUGGAUAGGAAGGCAUAUCUGGACGCCACGCCAGGAGAGGAUGGCGAAGAUAGAAGCUUUGUUUGUGGCUCCAAAAUAUUGCGGGGUCCUGUUCGAGCAACAUCUAGUACUGAAUAGACGCCGCCACGAACAGAAGUUAGAUAAUACUCUCAAAAGCAAUAUCGAGAUGGACGUCGAGAAGCUGGGCGGAGUCCAGAGUGAAACGCCUACCAACCAGAACCUUACACCACCAGUAAUCUACGCCUGCGCGACAUUAUGGCAUGAAACAUGCACGGAGAUGACACAACUGAUGAAAUCAAUUUUCGUAAUGGACAUGGAUUAUUGUGUAAGGAAAGCUGCGGCUUCUACAAAAGAACCCACCAUAGAGACGUAUGAGUUCGAAAGCCACAUCUUUUUCGAUGAUUCAUUUGAAUACGAUAAAGAAGAAAGAAGGGUGCCAAAUAAGUUUGUCAAACAGUUUGUUGAGCUGUUACCGGAUGCUGCGAGUGCUGCUCACAAAACCAGGAUUGGAAUCGAUGAACCCAUUAAGAUAGUGACGCCAUACGGGGGUCAGCUGGUGUACCAAUUGCCAGGUGGAAGUCUCCUUUAUGUUCAUCUCAAGGACAAGAACGUCAUACGUCACCGUAAGCGAUGGUCACAAGUUAUGUACAUGUACUACCUGCUUGGUUUUCGCAUUGGACUGGAAGCAGAAAAAGCUAUCAAAAAGGACAAAGACGGCACAAGAACAGAGGAGUUUAAGUUAAAAAAGGCACAAAACACAUACAUUCUGGCCCUUGACGGUGACGUGGAUUUCACACCUGACGCGGUUCGCAUGCUUCUUGACAAGAUGAGGAAAAACCACAAAGUGGGCGCCUCGUGCGGUAGAAUAUACCCCAUAGGCAAUGGACCAAUGGUAUGGUAUCAAAAGUUUGAGUAUGCUGUGGCCCACUGGCUCCAGAAGUCUACUGAGCACAUUCUUGGAUGUGUUCUUUGUAGUCCAGGAUGCUUCAGUUUGUUCAGAGGAUCUGCUCUUAUGGACGAUAACGUGAUGAGAAAAUACGCCAUUCUUCCAUCCGAGGCUGUGCAUUACCUCAUGUACGACCUAGGUGAGGAUCGUUGGUUAUGUACGCUACUUCUGAAGCAAGGCUACCGUGUAGACUAUGCUGCGGCCGCUGAUGCUUACACGUAUGCUCCAGAAGGUUUUGAUGAAUUUUUCAACCAGAGAAGGAGAUGGAUGCCGUCUACCAUAGCAAACAUAAUGGAUCUAUUACAGGACUCGGAUGCGACUGUAAAGAAAAAUGACAACAUCAGCAGGCUUUAUAUAAUAUACCAAGGGACACUAAUGCUUUCUACGAUGAUCGGACCUGCCACGGUACUGAUGAUGAUCGCUGGCGCCAUACUGACAGUGUUUAAAGUCGACCUGGUACAAUCGUAUUGGAUAGCGUGUUUACCAGCUUCAGUCUUCUUCUUACUUUGCUUCUGGGUUCCACAGAAAUAUCAGUUGUUUCUUGCAAAGCUCCUGAGCGCCUUUUACAUGCUAAUCAUGACUGUGGUGCUUGUGGGAUGUAUCGUUACGGCAGUGGAAGAAAAUCCGUUUCAUCCAAGUGUUAUCUUCCUCGCAGGAUUAGUGAUCAUAUUCCUGUUUGCUGGUAUACUUCAUCCGAUGGAUUUAGGUUGUCUGUUAUAUGGAGCAUUGUACUUUAUUGGACUGCCGAUGGGUUUCCUUCUUCUGGUUAUAUACUCACUGUGUAAUCUACAUGUGGUGUCCUGGGGCACACGGGAAGUCAGCACGGUAAACAAAACAAAGAAGGAAUUAGAGGAGGAAGCGGAGCAGGCCAGACAAAUGGAACUCGAUAAAAAUAAUGGCUUCUUUGCCCGCUUCUUUCCGGGAAUUAACCCAAGGGAGCUGUUUGAAGAAUGGCGUCAGAAAAAGAAAAAGGAUGACGAAACAGCAAAGCUUGUUAAAGAGCUUAGUUCAAAAAUUGAUGAAUUGGCAAAUACUUUGAGGAAAGGAAAGGGUGAUAUAUCUGAUAUAUCAACGACGGCUAACACACCGUAUCAAAAAUCCGAAGUUGACAACAACCGAGAAGAAUCGGGAACAUCGAAGAAUGAAAAUCAAACAAAGCCCCAAGGUGACAAACAUCACCAAAAUGAGCCAUAUUGGACGGAACUUAAAUGGUUAGGCCGUGACAAGAGUACGGUUUUACAGUCCGCGGAAGAAGAAUUUUGGAAAGAAUUUAUAAAAAAUGUCGGCGGAGUAGGAUCGGGUCCCUCUGCCUUGAUUACGACAACCAAGUACCUGGCGCCUUUAGAUGCUAACGUGAAGAUACAGAAGGAAACACAAGACAGACUGAUUGAACUACGUAACGGAGUGUGCGGCGGUAUAGCUGUCAUCAACGUAAUCUGGAUAGCUGUUAACUUCAUGUUCCAGCUCCGCGGUCCUGGCCUCGUGACCAUUCCCAUUCCGUCUAUAUGGGGAGAAGAAGGUGGAUCCACCGAUUACCUCCAAGUUGAUGUACUCGGACUUUCCUUUGUUAUAUUCUUCAUGGCACUUCUCCUAAUACAGUUCUGUGGAAUGGUGAUGCAUCGAUGGGGUACCCUGCUUCAUUUGUUAGCCUUCACCGAAUUGGCCUGGCCUUGGUCACAGACGACAUUGGAGGAAAAGAAGGAACAGUUCUUAGCUCGGUUAAAGGAAAGCUACGGAGAAAAAUUACUGCGUCAUAAUGAUAGUACCGAAGAUAACAUUAAAGCAAAGAAAGAAAAACGCGGGAAAUUAAAAGCUAUUAUCGAGGAUGUCCAGACAAAAGGGAAAACAGACGACAAUAAGAUGGCACAAGACGAAAAUAUCCUUAAAUGGGCCAAAGGCAUUCAUGGACAGGAUAGCAUUAAACCUCGUACAAUAAAAUAUGAGGUAGGAACAUAUAAUUACCACUUAUCAAAGACGGUUCGUAGACGGAAACGGCAACUAAAUCCAGAAGAUGAUCACUUUCAUCCUCUACCAGAUUACUAAUAACGAGGACACGUUUUCAAUAUUGAGACUUUAUCUAACACUAGUAUAUCAUUUAUUAUUUAAUUAUUGCAAAGCAGAUACACAUUCAAAGUUAAUAUAAUUUUAAAAAAAUCCAGAUUAACAACACAUUGGAAUGAAUGAGAAAUUUGACGUCAGUCAUCAGUAGGCGAGUGCAUGGAAUGGGUUUACAUUCUUGAAUACAAUUUUGAUACUAUGCCCAAUUAUUGUUAAUAACUACAAAUCUAUACAAUAAAUAAAAUGUUUGAAGUA